AUGACUUUCCUUCAGGUUUGUGGUCCAACCAUUCCUAAAGACUGCAAAGUGCUUACUACCCUCAAUGGUAUGUGCUUUAUCAUGAGCGGAAGCGAUGCAGUGAGUGCACCUAUACCAAGUGCUUUGAGAAGCUGCCCUCUAGAAAUAGACAUCGCUUUUCUAAUAGAUGGCUCUGAGAGUGUAGAAGACGUAGAUUUUGUUAAAAUGAAAACUUUUGUCACAACAAUAAUCCAGAGUUUUUCCAACUGCAGUUCUCAGUUUGCCAUUGCACAGUUCUCCACUGGUUUUGAAAUUCACUCCAAGUUUGAAGCAGUCAAUGACAUUGAUUCAUGGAGGAAAAGAAUAGAAGAGAUUAAACAGCAAAAAGGAUGGACCUACAGUGCAAAGGCUAUAAAUAAACUUGUGGAUGAGCUCUUCGUAACUGAAGGAGGGGCGAGGCAAUCAGCAGUUAAAAUCCUAAUUGUUAUUACUGAUGGUAGAUCAAAUGAUGAACCUCAUCUCAGAGGUGCUGUUGAAAAGGCAGAAAAGAAGAAUAUUAUCCGAUUUGCUAUUGGCAUUGGUGAAGCUUUUGAUGAUGCCCGCACAAAGCAGCAGUUACAUGUUAUUGCAUCUGCUCCUGUUGCUGAACACGUGUUUAAUGUGACUGACUUUGACGCAUUGGACAGCAUCCGUGAACAACUGGAAGAAAACAUCGCUAUAGAAGGUGUCCAGACCACUGGCGAUUCUGCCACAAUGGAGUUUGCUCAGGAUGGAUUUACUGCAGUGUUUACAUCCAAUAUUGGAUCGUACUUUGGAGCCGAGGUCUGUGUGGUUGAUCUGAACUGUGACUCAAAAACAGAUCUUCUAUUAAUAUCUGCACCAACCUAUGUAGACUCUCAUUCUGAAGGCAGAGUUUUUGUGUACUUUUACUCUCGGCAGCCAUACUUCACUUUUUCUGUGGCGCUGGUUGGAAUGGCAGGUCACAGGGGUCGGUUUGGUUCUUCUCUGGCCAGUCCAGCAGAUCUGAAUGGUGAUGGUUUCAAUGAUGUGCUGAUUGGAGCUCCUUUAGAGGAGGACAGACAGGGCAGCAUCUACAUCUUCAAUGGAGGAGUAGAUCAAAUCAAUCCCACAUAUUCACAGAGAAUUGCUGGAUCAUCUGUACGCUCAGGUUUACAGUUUUUUGGACAAGCUCUGAGUCAGUCCUCCUUAGAUCACAGUGGAGACAGUCUACCAGACAUUGCUGUUGGAUCAAAAGGAGCAAUUUUGCUUCUUAGAUCUAGACCCAUAGUGUUUGUGGAUGUGAAAGUAACCUACAGUCCAUCCAAAAUCUCAACCAGUCAAACAAACUGCACCAAGCCGCUGGAAAACACCUUGACAGUAUGCUUCAACAUGAGCAGAUACAAACAUGCUAUAACAGAUUUGGCUGCAAAUAUUAGCUAUACGUUAAAGCUGGAUGCCAAGCGAUAUAACCACAGAGCAUACUUCUUGCCCAAAAAUCAUGUCCUCAGUGAUGCUGUAAAUGUUACACUAGAGGAAGUGUGCAAAGACCAUCCAUUCCUCAUAGAGGCUUGCGCAGAGGAUUAUCUCAACCCACUGCUUAAUGAAUUAAUGAUCACUUUUGAGGGUCUGCCCUCCCAAAGCCUGGAAAACUUACAGCCUGUUCUCUUACCAUGGAUAAAGAACACUACAUUGUGGAUGUUAGAUUAUGAGAUGAAUUGUGGAUCAGACAACCUUUGUGUUGACAACCUCAAAAUGGACUUAAGCUUUGGAUCUGCUAACAUAGAGGUUGGGAUCAUGCAGGAGAUCAAUGUGACAGUGUUUGUAGAGAACAAAGGAGAAAACUCAUACAACACUCACUUCACCCUCAACUACCCCUUUGGACUUUCCUACAGGAGAAUUAUGCCUCGAGUGGGCAGAGCAAAUUGCCAUUCUAUAGAUGGCAUGCGAGGAAUUUUAUUAGGGGAGACCAUCUGUCAGGUCAACAAACCUCUAUUCGCAGGAAACGCUUCU